CUCACGCUCCCGUGACCCACCCACUGGGACCCGGACCAACGAUAGGACCACUCCCCAAGCCUGGAAAUCACCUAACCUCAGCCACGAUGACCCUGGGCUACCAGAAUGGCAACAGUUUCGAAGGCACCUUCUCCUUCCCCAUCAAAGAACACACCAUGGGCUACUUGGCCAAUUUCACCUUCAACGAGCCUUUGUCCAAGCUUGAGAUAUACGACGCUGCGGUUUUGACACAUCUCAACGGAGGCCGCAAAUGGAUCAUUGUUAACAAAGGCGACAGAGCAGGACCCACCCCUGGAACCACACUUGCUCUCAAGUUUAGAGCAGAAAUCCAAGGCGCCCCGAACAAACCGACUGGUCACGCUGUCCUCCAGAAUCUGGGUAUCGAUCCUUGGUCCGUACAGCCAGCACAUGAUGGCGAUCAUUCAAAAUACAACUACAACGACCUUCUGUACAAGUCCAUUUUGUUCUACGAGGCUCAACGCUCCGGAAAACUCCCUAACAACAACCACAUUCCCUGGAGAGGAGACUCGGCGCUCGGUGACAAGGGGGCAAAGGGCGAGGAUCUGACCGGAGGCUGGUAUGAUGCCGGUGACCACGUCAAGUUCAACUUCCCCAUGUCCUACAGCACCACCAUACUCACCUGGGGUUAUCUCCUCUACCCGGACGCCUACAGGGCAGCUGGUCAGGAGAGCAAAAUCCUGGACUGUGUGAGAUGGCCGUUGGAAUAUCUGCUCAAGUGUCACACGGCGCCUGAAGAACUCUAUGUUCAGGUCGGCAACGGAGGCAUCGACCACGGCUACUGGGGCUCACCGGAAGCGAUGACCAUGUCCAGACCGUCUUACAAGAUCACAGCAUCCAACCCAGGCAGUGACGUUGCUAUGGAAACUGCAGCAGCUAUGGCAGCAGGCUACUUGGCUUUCAAAAACAAAGUUCCAACAACUACACUGACGAGCUGGCCUGGGGCUCCCUGUGGCUGUACCAGGCUACAAAUGACCACAAGUAUUUGGCUGAGGCUGAGAGACAAUUCGACCCUGAGCCUGCAUGGGGCAUGUCCUGGGACGAGAAGACCAUCGGAAACCAGCUUCUCCUGUACAAGCUGACCCACAAAGAGAAGUACAAGACCGCUGUCAUUGACACGUACAAGUCCUGGUUCCCCGGCGGUGACAUCACGUACACACCCAAGGGCUUGGCUUUCCGACUAGAGUGGGCGUCCUUGAGAUACGCUUCCAACAUGGCAAUGGCCGCUCUGAUCGCCGCUGACGCGGGAAUCAACCCUCGUGAAUACCGCCAUUGGGCCAUGUGCCAGAUCCACUAUGCGCUGGGAGACUCAGGCCGUAGUUUCGUCGUUGGCUUCGGCCAUAAUCCUCCCAAGAGCCCACAUCAUAGAGGAAGCUCCUGCCCUGUGUUGCCUGCCCGCUGUGGUUCUUUCGCCAUGAGAGCACCCGGCCCCAACGUGCACACUCUGUACGGAGCCCUGGUGGGCGGGCCAGGCAGCAGUGACGACUACAAGGACGAGCGAGACAACUACCAGAACAACGAGGUGGCCACAGACUACAACGCUGGGUUCACCACCGCCAUUGCUGCUCUGAAGCAUCUGUACAUCAAGAAACUCCACCCCGAGCAGACAGGCUCCGCCCACUGCCCCUACAGUGCCGGCCAUGCCGUCGUAGGGUGAAAGGUCAACAACAGGACAUGUACAAUUUUUACCUCUGGAUGGAAAUUUUUUAUUCUCGAGGUUCAUGUAGCAAUAGUACCGAUAUGUUGUUCAAAUAAAAAUCAAAUUGUCUCACUGAUCAAGUUUAAGACCA